AUGGACGAGUCGUAUAAUUUCCUAUCGGCGAAGUACGAUCAAUCACUUAAGCAACUGCAAAGCUUAAACGAGAAGAGUAAUAUAAAGCUAGAAAAGAAAACCAGUGUCCUACAAAUGGAUCUGAAUAAUGUAGAAACGGUGUCAGAAGAUCUAGCUCAAUAUCUACGGCAUGAUUGUGUCGAAAUAUCGGGUGUUGAUCCAUCAGAAGGACAAUCAUGCAACAACAUUGUUGUAUCCUUGAGUGAAGAAAUGGGCAUAAUGAGAUAUAUCAACAGCUCAUGUCCUGCCAACAUAUAA